AAUCCAGAAUAAUGUUAAAAGAGACACAAAAUCACCGAUGGAUCUAACUAGGCCCAGCCUGCCCAGGCCCAUAUAUUAUGGGCUCAACAAUCUCAUACCAUAUAUUGUAAAGUAACCACCAAGCUUUGUUUCCUUCUAUUCAUUCUUGUACCUUAGCUUCUCCCUCUAGUCCUACUUCUUGCUUGCUUUAGUUCUUGGUCAGUUUCUCACUCUUGUCCUCUUCACCUGGUUGUUUGGUGUCUGAGAAAAACUUUGUUUGUUGCUACCGGUCGUCACAAAAUACUGGAGGAAGAAGAUACAGUUCCCAUUAUCGAGGCAAAAUAUCAAGGGUUGUUUUCCUUUUUGACCCAAUUUUGUUAAUUUCAAUCUAUUCAAUCCUCCAAGUAUUUAUUGGCAAAGAAAAUUUCAGAACUGAAAAGAAGUGAUAGCGAAUGAAGAAAUUUGCAGCUGCAAAAGAAGUUUCGAUGAACUUCGAACAGCUUGGGGCUUAGCCGAGUUUAUAUUUUUUAAUUCUCCAUCCUCCCCUCCAAUCCAUUUGGGUUUUUCUUUCAACUACUUCUUACUUGAGAAAGUCUAUAAUCCCUGGUUCACUUUUCACGUUCAUCCAUGGCUUUCACUGGGAGCUUUUCAAGUGCUAACAUGCUGACCCCACGAACUGCUGUACUCAGCUCGCCAUCACUGCAGACCAAGAUCCGAAUUGGGGGUCUCAGAGCACAUCUCCGUGAAGACGAUGACCCUUUAUUCCUCAGUGGAAAAGAAGCUGCCUCUCUCCGAUUCAUGGAGUCCCAACAACCGGAUCCCCUUUUUUUUGAUGAAUACGCCGGUUGUUGGGCUACUCCUAAUCCUCAAAUCAACCCAAACUCUCACCAUUAUUGUGUUGUAACUAAGUUCUUAGACGAUAAUUUGAUUCAAAAAGUCAAUAAUGUUAACGGAUUCAAGCAGGUUGUGUUGCUAACAGAUGGAAUGGAUACUAGACCAUAUCGGAUUCGUUGGCCAAUGUCGACAAUAAUUUUCGACAUAUCCCCUGACAAUGUCUUUAAAAGAGCUGCUCAAGAUUUGCUAGGUAGUGGGGCUAAGAUUUCAAGAGGCAACUUUUUCUGUCAUGUACCAUUGGAGUCCCCACAUGUACAAUUAGAAAUUUGUAGUAGAGGUUUUCGAGGAGACCAACCGAGUAUAUGGGUGAUGCAGGGACUUCCUAUUAAGACUUUGGUAGAUUUUGAAGAUGUUCUGUUCCUUGUUAGUAGCUUGGCUACGAAAGGAAGUUACUUCUUGGGUGAAUUACCUUCUUGGUUGGCUGAAACUGAGAUUAAGUCAAAGUCUAGUACAAAUACAAUGAAGUGGAUGGACAAACUUUUUAUGGGCAACGGUUUUCGGGUUGAAACGAUCGCCAUUGCGGAACUUGCAAGGAGAUUAGGCAAGGAAUUGACAUUGGAACCCUAUAAGAAUAUUCCAUUUGUUGCUGAACAAUUACGAUUUUCGGAUUAUGAGAUGGAAACGUGGAGGAAGGAAUUCGAGAGGAUUGAGAACGAAGGAGAUGAAGAAGGAUUUGAAGAACUAUGAUUUUGUUCAUAAAAGUAACAUUUUCCAUUUGUUGUUGUGUCAUUAUUACUAACAACUUAGAUGACAAUGACAAUUGGUUUCUUAUGCACCAAGCAGAUUGACAAUUUAAUUUCGAAAUGAAAGUUUAUCAACUUCAAUUCAAAA